AUGCAGGCCAGCCUGUGGGAGCCGCCGCACGAUGGGCUGCUGCUAUGGGCCGAGGGCCUCCCCUUCUUCUACUGCUACAUGCUGUUGCUGGUCAUGGCUCUGGCCAUCUUUGUCUGCGAGAACGUGGUGGCACUCGCUGCUAAGGCCUGCACCUUCCUCCAGUACCAGUGCCAGGCGCGAGACUUCCUGCCGCCCAUGCUCGCCCGGGAGCUGCAGCCGCCGCCCUCGCAGCGCACCUCGGUCCAGAGGUGUCCCCAGGCCCCUAACUCUGCUCUGGUGCCAGGGUCUCCCCAAGGCUACAACGGCGGGAGCCAGAGGGGUCCCAGCUUUGCUGGCCGCGUGUCCCUUGCAGCCUUAGGCCAGGAGCGUGGAGCCUGGCCCCGCCUCAUGGAGCCUGGCUGUGGCCCCGACCACGUGGAGCCUGCAGCAGCCCCGGCCCAGGCAGUGUGGCACCCUGGUGUGCAGGAACUUCACCGAGGCUACAACCUGCCCUUUGUCCGGCCUCGGACACACCCCACCAGCAGCACUGUGGGCAGCAGGAAGCCCUACUGGGGAGCAGGCAGGGCCCCGUCCUGGUGUGCGGAACCUGGAGUCCUGGCGGUGGGUGGUGGGCCCUGGGGCAGCCCCGCUCCUCGGGCCCUCAGUGCCGUGGGCUGCACCCCGGCUCUCUCUGUGGAGAUCAUGGAGCUGCAGUGCCACACCUAGUCACUGUUACCUAGUACCCUCAGCUGCCCCACCCAGGGCAGGUUUUCUGUCACAAUCUCCUUGGUAGCAAGUGGCCACAGCAGAUGGUUGGGACCUGGCUUCACGGAGGAUCCUUCCUUUCUCCAUUCCCACUGACAGUUGUCCCCUGGCAUGUAUAUGAGGCGAGCAGAAGCUUCGGCCAUGCUGAGGACGGCUCUCUUGCUGCUCCAGCUCUGGGUGGUGCUGGCUGCCAUCCAGUGUUCUCAAGGCCGUCCCUCAUGGCGCUACAUCUCCUCCGAGGUGGUGGUUCCCAGGAAGGAGCAGCCCCGCGGCAAAGGCAUUCAGACACCAGGCUGGCUCUCCUACAGCCUGAGUUUUGGGGGCCAGAGACACGUCAUUCGCAUGCAGAGCAAGAAACUGUUUUGGGCCCAACAUCUGGUGAUGGUGACUCAGGAUGACCAGGGAAACUUGCAGGUGGAUAACCCCUUUGUCCCUCUCGACUGUUACUACCUUGGCUACCUGGAAGAGGUUCCUUUCUCCACAGUCACCGUGGACACGUGCUAUGGGGGCCUGAAAGGUAUUAUGAAGUUGGAUGACCUUACCUAUGAAAUCCAACCCCUUGAGGAUUCCCGAAGGUUUGAACACCUGGUUUCUCAGAUAGUCGCAGACGCCAACGCAAUAGGACCCACAUAUAUGCUGGGGCACAAAGAAGAGAGGCACCCCCUGCUUUCUCAAGUGGAUACCAACACAGCCUCCCGAAUCAGCAGUAAGAUCUAUGCAUCCCACAGAGGAAAUAUGAAAGGCUGCCUUAUGAGUGCCCAUUCUGUAUAUACUCAGUACAACAAUGUGACAAAGUGUGCCACAUUCCUGAUAGGUAUAGGUAGUUUAGUUGACUCCAUGUUCCAUGGUCUUGAUCUAAGGUACUACAUCAGCGCCCUAGUCAUUUUUAAUGUGAGGGAUCCAACCACCAUGGACAACUAUGCAGUGCCAGGGAGUCCGUUUCAUAAUCAUUAUGUAACCCACAUUCAUACUCCUCUUCAGCUACAUUCAGGCAUAAUUACGAUUAGAGAUGGGCCUCAUGAUCUUGCUUUUACUCCAUAUCUCUAUGGUUUAUGCCUAUCAACCAAUCUCGUCAUGGUGGGUGUUCGGUCAAGACAUUACUUCUUGUUAUCAAUUAUAGCCAGCCAAUUCGUUGGGAGAAGUUUUGGUCUGUAUUAUGAUGAGCAAACUUGUGUUUGCCACAGAAGGGCCACGUGCAUCAUGUACAGGUACCCUGUGAUGACAGAUACCUUCAGUAACUGUUCCAUACAACACUUAGGAAAUAUACUUUUUAAUGGUAUAUCAAACUGCGUCUACCAGACUGGAUUUGUGUUUUCAAACAGAAGCCUGACAGUUGCUCGAUGUGGAAACUCUGUGGUGGAUGACAGAGAGGAGUGUGACUGUGGAUCCUUCAAGCAGUGUUACAGCAACCCGUGUUGCGACAGUAGCUGCUUCUUUACGCCUGGAAGUGCUUGUGACACUGGCAGGUGUUGCACCAACUGCUCCUUCUCAUCCCUAGGGACACUCUGCAGGCCAAUCCAAAACAUAUGUGACCUUCCAGAGUACUGCCGCGGGCUGAGCUCCUCGUGCCCUGAAAAUGUUUACCUGCAAGAUGGAACCCCAUGUACUGAAGAGGGCUACUGCUAUCAUGGAAAUUGUACUGACCGCAGUAUGCACUGCAAGGAGAUCUUUGGUGAAGGCGCAGUGAAUGGUGCGGAUAUCUGUUACAGAUUAAAUACAGUGGGAUACCGAUAUGGACAGUGUUUAACAAGUGGUGCUACCAGGCUAAGACGUUGUAAUGCCGCUGAUGCUAAGUGUGGACGCCUACAGUGUGCCAACGUCACGCGCCUGCCUCAGUUGCAAGAACAUGUUGGAUUCCACCAGUCUCGAAUAGAUGGAGCCCCGUGUUUUGGGUUGGAUUUACACCUUGGGGCAGAGACAACUGAUGUUGGUCAUGUGAGGCCUGGUACCCCCUGUGACGGUGGAAGGUUCUGUGUCAACAGCACGUGCAGUGGUUCUGUGGCUGCCAUAAACUAUGACUGUCACCCUUCCAAAUGCAACCUCAGGGGAAUUUGCAACAAUAGAAGGAACUGCCAUUGCCACGUAGGCUGGGACCCUCCCCGGUGCAUCCAUAGAGGCGCCGGAGGGAGUGUGGACAGUGGACCCCCUCCGAGAAGAAUGCGGUCAGUGAGGCAAAGUGAUCUGUCUGUGGUGUACUUGAGGGUGGUCUUUGGGCGCAUGUACGCCUUCCUAGCUGCCCUCCUUUUUGGAGUGGCCACCAACGUGCGAACCAUCAAGACCACUACAGUUAAGGAAGAGACAGAUGCAAACUAA